AACUCACAAUACACCUAGAGCGCUCCUUCCUCUAGUCCUCGUUUUUUUCUCGCAGUUUUAAGCUUCCCUCAGGUAUGAAGCCAGAAAGAACGUUUCCGUGUGUAGCCCUGAAUUUUUCGUUUGAUAAUCAAGCUGACUCCAGCCAAUGUUUCUGUGAAAAAGUCAUCAUUGUGAUUUAGUUCAUGCUUUGCUUGGACGUCGGAUGGUCACUCAUGCUUUAAGGACUCUUUCCGCCGAACUCGGAACUUCACACUGAUCCCUUAACUUCGGCGAGUGUGGGUACUCCUACUCACCGGCAUGAGGAUUAUAGACUUUGCAAGCGUCCUGCAGCUAGUGUGUUUAUUCCUAUGCUGCCACAGCGCUAAAUUGCCAAAAUAUCAAGCUAUUGUUUAUCCCGAGGUAUUUGAUGCACGUGACGAUGAAGACACUACAGUUCUUAGAAUCAAUGAUGAUAUAACUCUCAACCUGAAGCCAAGCUCUGUCCUACACCCGGAGUUCUUUUUGAGGACCUAUCGUCAAGGAGUUCCACAGCACACCUAUUUUAACGUUGAAGCUCUUGAGCAAAAUUUGUACGACGAUGAAAAACGUUUUGCAGCAGUCAUAAUGACAGAAGAAGACGGUGCUUUGCAAUUGAAAGGAGUCGUUGGUCCAAAUUUGAAAAUUAUGCCUGCUGUGGGCAUGGAACGAUCAGAAAGUGGACAUCAUCCCCAUAUUCUUGAAAGCAUUCAUGACACCGACGAGGAUUAUGUUUAUGGUAAACUUCCAGAGGAAAGGCUGAGCCAGCUUUCUGCCCGCUCCUUGAAGUUAGAUUCAACUGCUUACAACAUCGACAUGGUGUUCCCAGAAGUAUUUGUGGUUAUUGACUCCGAGUUUUAUCGAGAAUUCAGAAGCUAUGAAGACAUGCUAUUCUACAUGAUGGUCGAAUUCAGAGUUGUGAACCUCCGUUACAGGACAGUAUCGAACCCUAAAAUUCAACUCGUCUUUCGCGGCAUUGAAAUCACCACC